UCGCCACGGCAACCAAUUUAAGCCAGGACACUCUAGGAGAGACCUCUAUGUCACUUCCGCUGCCAAGAUGGCGGCGCUCAAGAAGAAGUUGAGAGCUGCGCUCCUGCUUCGUUGCUAGGAUGGAUUUCCUGGUCCUCUUCCUGCUUUACCUGGCCUUGGUCCUACUGUGCCUCGUCCUGCUCUGCCUCUAUUCUACAAGUAAUCAAAGCUUCCACUCAAGGUAUUUCACGGGAAUCACACAGGCCAUUUCACAUAUAAUCCCAGUCCAGGUUCAAGGAGCUGUUCAGAGGGUAUUUAAUGGACUCUUCCAUUCCAGGCUAUUUAUGGCCCUGCACCUGGUCCUGGAGGCUUUGGUGUUUGCCGAAUUCACCUGGGAAGUCUUCGGCUAUUGCAAGAAACUGGAGUUUGGCACUCCUUCCCUCCUCCUGCCUUACCUUUUGCUGAUCGUGAACAUGGUCUUCUUCAUCCUCUGCUCCAGAAGUGACCCAGGUGCCAUCACCAAAUCCAACCAGGCCCUGUUCCUCCAUUCCUAUCCCUAUGAUGGUGUGAUGUUCGAGACAGGUGCCGAGUGCAUUACCUGUAAAGUGAAGAAACCCGCCCGGUCGAAGCAUUGCGGAGUGUGCAACCGCUGCAUGCAUCGCUUUGACCAUCACUGCAUCUGGGUCAACAACUGCAUUGGUGCCUUCAACAUCAAGUACUUCCUGGCCUACUUGCUCACCUUGAUCUCCAUGGCUGCCUCCAUCGCCGGCUUGACAGCCGCUUUCCUCGUCCAGGUGGCCCUUUUGUCAAACCUGAUGCAGGGACAUUAUGCCGACGUCCACGGAGAAGAGCACCCGGUUGAUGUCUUUUUCCUAAUUCAGCACCUUUUCCUGACCUUCCCGAGGAUUGUGUUCAUGCUCGGCUCUGUGGUCUUCCUCUUGAUUAUCCUUGCUUCCUACUUCUGCUUUAUUCUGUACCUGGUUAUGACCAACCAGACAAGCAACGAGUGGUUUAAAUCCUCAAGAUUCAAGCACAGAAGUUACAGUAACAUUUACUCCAGAGGGGUCUGGAGCAAUAUGGCUGAAAUCAUCAGGCCUCUGACCAGCCCUACAAGAAAGAGAAAGUGAGGAGUCCUGGACAUUCAACAGAUUCUGCACAGAUCCUUCUGAAAACGGCUCAACCGGAGUGCAAUGAGGCUGAAUUGUGAGUGCUUCAAAUGUCAAAUGAUAUUUGACAUUUGAUUUGGCCUACUUUUUAUUUUGGAACUGAUAUUGAAGUUGGUCUCUUCUGCUGCUGUGGAGAUAAGGGCACCUAUGCCAAGAGACUUUAAGGCAGCAGAAGGGAGAAAUUGGGAAUAAAACCGUGUUUAGGA